GUCUUUUUUUUUAUUGUAUCUUAUUUUAUUUUUUACUUUAAAUAAAAUGAAUUCAAAUCAAUUAGACAUACCACAGUUUGUUGUUAUUCAUGACCAAAUAGAUAACACAUAUAAAUAUCCUGUUAUUCAUUAUGUAUUUGAAGAUGAAGACUUUCCUAAUGUACCCAAAGAUAAAUUAAUCCUUGUUGAUCUUGAUUCUUCUGCAUCACAACUUGAAAACAUUGACAGUUAUAGCCCUUAUUUUCAAGUGACCGAUUGUAUAUUAGAACAAAGCGAAAUGGCUGACCCAUUUGAAGAAGAAGCUUCUUUAAUCAAUUUAACAAUUGAAGGCACAUCUGCACCGAAACUGUAAGUUUCUUUUUUUUUAAAAAAAAUAGACCUAUAUUUAUUCUAUAAUUUAGUACAGACAUUGUGGAUGAGAUUCAGAACCAUGAACAAUUAAAGGAAAUGAUUAAUAAGUUCAGGAAAAGGUAAAACUAAAACUAGUUGUAUUCAGUGAUAGAAAAAGAAAAUUAAUUAUGAAAAACUAGGAAUAAAAUAAUAAAAAAGAUAUUAAAACAACAACAGCCUGAGGGGCAAAAGGAGGGUCGGCCCAACAAGUGAGAAGAAUUGCAUAAAGCGUUUAUUCGAAAAAAAAAAGUUAACUUCCUUAUUUGGAAUUUAAGGACUGCUUUGUGGCUGUUUUCUUUAUUGAACUUUCAAAAAAAAAAAAAAAAAA